AAGAAGGAGUUUCAACCCAUCGCGGCUUCCGUAGCGAUAGGAGGGGAUGACUGCUCCUUUUGACGUGGAAUAUUUCCGUGCCGAGACGAUGGUGAAGUAGCAGCACGGUCAAACUGAAAGCCAUUAGAUCGAGACGGGAUUUUAAGUCCUUUAACUCAGUCAGGUCCGGAUUGUUCCGGAGCUGACAGAACCCGCUCCCCGCCUCUCUCCGUUCAGCUGCAAUCAUGAUUAAAGCCAUUUUAAUAUUCAACAACCACGGCAAACCGAGGCUUUCUAAAUUCUACGAACAUUAUAAUGAAGACACAGAGCAACAGAUCAUCAGGGAAACCUUCCACUUGGUCUCUAAAAGAGACGAAAAUGUCUGCAAUUUCCUAGAAGGCGGAUUAUUGAUUGGAGGCUCGGACUACAAGCUGAUCUACAGACACUACGCCACGCUGUACUUUGUGUUUUGUGUCGACUCUUCAGAGAGUGAAUUGGGAAUUUUAGACUUAAUCCAGGUUUUUGUGGAAACGCUGGAUAAAUGCUUUGAGAAUGUCUGCGAGCUUGACUUAAUUUUUCAUGUAGACAAGGUGCACCACAUUUUAGCAGAGAUGGUGAUGGGUGGGAUGGUCCUGGAGACCAACAUGAAUGAAAUCAUCAUGCAGGUGGAUGCCCAGAACAAGAUGGAGAAGUCUGAGGCUGGCAUCGCAGGAGCACCGGCUCGAGCAGUGUCAGCGGUUAAGAACAUGAACCUCCCGGAAAUGCCCAAAAACAUCAACAUCGGUGACAUCAGCAUAAAAGUGCCAAAUUUACCCUCCUUCAAAUAGCGACGGCAAGAUUCAUAAGCCUUGAGGCUUUGGCUGAUGUUUACCGUGAUGCAAUCUGUUUACCAAAACUCAAAUUAUUACCCUUCCUUCAGUCAGGAAGGUACUGUGUGAUUUCACUCCGUGUUGUAGUGUUAUAUGCUUGGUUUUAUUAUUGAACAUCGUAUUAUGUAUUUUGUUUUUUUUCUGUUUGAAGAAGAAAGAAGUAUUUAAGAGAUUUACAUUCCUUCUGCCUCACUGGAGGUUGGCUCGUAGCAUUAAGCAUCUCUAGAUCUGUGGCAAUUUGUUACUGAAAUAAAAAAGGUGUUUACUCCAAAGAAGGUAUGGUACUUUUUUUUUUUUUUUCUUGGGGGCAGCAGGCAUUUAAGUGAAGAAUAUUUCAGAUCAUUUGCAGUGCUUUGGAUAUAAAUUAAAGAAUAAUGUUAUAAUAAAUUAGAAAAAACAGAAACUUGGCUGCAUAUAAAAGCAGCUUUUUUCCUUAAGAGUACAUGGACCAUUUUAAAAGAUGUCAUGAUUUAUGAAAUGAUUAUAUAGUUUUUUUCCUGUCUAUGAUUUUCUUGGCUUCUUUUUCAACAAUAAACUGACAAAACUCAA